AGCUCAAGACUUCUUUCCAUAGGCCCAUGCCCCGCCAUGUCCGAGACUGCGGGGUUCAGGUCCGUGGCUGACGUCCAUGGCGGGGCUCAUAGUCGACGCGAUUCGCACGCUGGACAAGGAUAACACGGGCUUAAUUCCUCUGAAGCUGUUGACCGAUGUGAUUCAGCAUUUGGACCCUUCGUGGGACGAAGAGAAGCUAGAGCUCCUGACAACUGCCGCAGGACUCCUGUCCGAAGGGGGCGACGUGCAAUACGCAGAGUUCGUGGCGUGGGUUCUCAGCUGCAAGAAUAGCGCUUUGCUGAAGCCGACGCCUCUCAGCGUCCCCGUCCGGAGGCGUACCAAGAGCAUUGCGCGGUCAGACUUGAGAGAUUUGCGCAAACCACCCAGUUCCAUAACUCUUCGCGUUCUGCACAUCAAUGACGUCUAUGACCUCACACCGCUACCUCGGGUUCGUUCCGCAAUUCAGAGUCUGGGAUCGUCGCCGUCUUUGAGCAAGACCAUCGCCACCAUGGGGGGUGACUUCCUGGCUCCAUACCUGUUGUCGAACUUGGACAAAGGCGCUGGCAUGGUGGACUGCAUGAACGGCAUCCCUAUCUCGCACUGCUGCUUCGGGAACCACGAGUGUGACGUUCCCCACAGCUCGCUCCUCGAGGCAAUCGAUACCUUCACGGGCUCAUGGAUCAACAGCAACAUGAAAGGCGGUGGCUUUGGCGAGAUCGAGCGCCUGCCAACCCAUGAAGUGCUGGAGCUUGUCUCCCAGGACGGUCAGCACCGCCGGCGGGUUGCGCUGCUGGGGCUCGUCACUGGCGAGCCCCACCUCUAUCGCCACGGCUCCUUCAACGGGGCGGUGCCGUCUAUCGAGUCUGUGAAUGAUUGUUGCGCCCGGCUCUGCGCUGAGCUCACUGGCGCCGGCGGCUGCGACGCCGUGAUCCCGAUGACCCACCAGGACUCCUCCGACGACAUCGCCCUCGCUGCGCGGGGCAGAGAGCUGCGUGUCCCGCUCAUCCUGGGCGGGCACGACCAUCUUGAGGUGGUGGCCCCCGCGCCCAGCGAGGAGGCAUGCACCUACAUGAAGGCUGGGAUGGACGCGGUCAAGAUCGGCCUGGCUGACAUCACGUGGGACUCCGCCGAUGCGCGGUGGCCGACGGUGGAGGCCAGGCUGCUGGACACCAUGGACUUCGAGCUGGACGCGGGAUUGCAGAAGGUCGUGGAGAAGCACAUGGCCAAGGUCUGGGCGAUGGAGCACAUGGUCGCCUGCCGCAGGCCAGACAUGGAGGCUUUGACCCCACCCAGUACGGCAUUCCCGCUGAGCAGCGUCGGGACGCGACAGGGAGAGAGCUCUAUGGCCACUUUCCUGUGCUCCGCCUUGAGGGAGGCGCUGGCCUGCGACGUAGCCCUGCUCGACGGCGGUAGCGUCAGAGCAGGCACCAACAAGUACAUGGACAGGGUCACCAUGAGCGACCUCAAGGCAGAGCUCCCGUUCAAGAACGAUACCCUCGUGAUCCAGCUGCCGGGGGCGGUGCUUGCGGAGGCCGUGCGCGCCAGCCGGCUCAAGGCUGCGGAGAAGCCCUACGCGUUCUUCCUUCACUGCGACAAGGACUGCGCCGUGGACCCCGGCACGCACGCGCUGCUGUCCGCGGCAGGGUCGCCCUUCGAUCCGGACCGCGUCUACGCAACCGCGGUAGGGGUUGACCUCGGGAUCGGCGCAGGAGUGAACGAGCCCCUCCUGGAGUGGGCGGAGGCGAAUUCCAGCCAGUUGCCCGAUAGGGAAUUAGCGCGGCCCGCCCUCGAGUUGCUCGAGGUAUACUUUGUGCUGCAAUUGUGGAAGCACCUGCCGAGCUUUGACGAGAUAGACUUGCGUGGCGAUGGCUUUUUGCACCACGACGAGAUCGAGCAGGCGUAUUUGAGGGUGUUCAUGAGUGACGUGGAGGACCUCUCGGAGGCGCAGAGGCUGGCAGCGAAGUCCAUGGUCGAUCACCUCAUCAGGUCUCUUGACGUGGCAAAAGACAACAAGGUCAGUCGGGAGGAGUACGCUGCCUUGCUGGCCCACAGGCCCACGGUGCAAGUGUGUUGAGCCCCGCGCUAGGGACGUGUUGCCCAUCCGCUUGCCCUCAUCUUCGGCCGUCCACGUCUCUAGACCUCUGGCACGGUGUGCUAGGCGUAGGCGCUGGCGCCCUAUCGUUUGCUGCGGACGCCAGCGGGGUUCUUCCACCGAGAGUGCCGACGUUCGGAUGCGUUCCAGCGCUGCCGCGCGCGGGUGAUCGUGGGCAGAGCAGCCGCCCAAGGUGCUGUCUCGUGCGGGAACCGAGCUCUACAAUACACAUGUCACCAGACCUAAGAGCGGCCUCGUCA